UAAAGAAGGCUUACUUAGAAAUUUUUGAGAGUGUGUCAUGGAGUGCAAGAGUGAGGGAAAAGAAAAAUACCAACAUAGCUUGAAUUUACUUAGUAAAAUUAAGAACAUGAAAGAAUUAGCAGAAAUGAUUGAUGUGAUUCUCAUAGCAGAAGGGGAGAAAUUUCCUUGCCACAGACUGGUCCUGGCUGCAUUUAGCCCUUAUUUCAAAGCUAUGUUCACCUGUGGACUACUUGAAUGUACUCAAAGGGAGGUCAUACUCCAUGAUAUCACAGCAGAAAGUGUGUCAGUGGUGUUAAAUUACAUGUACAACGCAGUUUUGGAGAUCAAUAAUGCCAAUGUACAGACUGUAGCUAUGGCUGCCUAUUUCAUGCAGAUGGAAGAAGUCUUCUGUGUGUGUCAGAAGUAUAUGAUGGACCACAUGGAUGCUUCCAAUUGUGUGGGUAUCUAUUAUUUUGCAAAGCAGAUUGGAGCUGAAGAUUUAUCUGAUCAAUCAAAGAAAUAUUUAUAUCAGCACUUUGCUGAGGUGAGCUUACAUGAAGAAAUACUGGAAACUGAAGUGCACCAACUUCUGAUGCUUAUUAAAUCAGAUGAUCUUAACAUAUCCAGAGAAGAGAGCAUUCUGGACUUGGUUUUGAGAUGGGUGAAUCAUAACAAAGAAUUGCGCACAGAGCAUCUUGUUGAGCUUCUGAAGCAAGUCAGAUUGGAACUUAUAAAUCCUUCCUUUUUAAGACAAGCCCUAAAAAGAAACACAAUGCUUCUGUGCCAUGCAGAUUGCAUUGACAUAAUUCAAAAUGCUUUCAAAGCCAUCAAGACACCCCAGCAGCAUUCUCUAAAUCUUCGUUAUGGCAUGGAGACUACCAGUCUUCUGCUUUGCAUUGGCAACAAUUCUUCAGGAAUCAGGUCAAGACAUAGGAACUAUGGAGAUGCCAGUUUUUGUUAUGAUCCCUCAUCAUGCAAGACCUAUUUCAUCUCAUCUCCGAAGUAUGGGGAGGGCUUAGGAACCGUGUGUACUGGUGUUGUCAUGGAAAACAACACUAUAAUUGUGGCUGGCGAAGCAAGUGCCUCUAAACUCUCUAGACAAAAGAACAAGAAUGUUGAAAUCUAUAGGUAUGUAUUUGACAGUGAAUUUCUAAAUUUGCUUUAAUUGUCAUGCUUUGACAUUAAAAACAAUACAAGAAAAUACUGUUGAAAGAGUGGUCACAUCUUAAGUAAUAUGUAGUCAAAAUUACCCUGUAAGUCUCCCAUAAAGAAUAGUGUUCAGAACAUAGUUUUGGGUAAACAUGUAUUUAAAAUCCUAAC